GACAGAGGCCCACUCAUCCCCAUCGCACAGGUGGGUAAACUGAGGGUUUGAGAGAGAACAAUUUUCACAAUCAUUAAGUGAUUAAAGUCCAGGCCUGAUUCUGAAGUCUGAAUUCCCCACAAUCACCGCAUGAACAGAGGAACUGACUGAUACACCAGCAGCGCUGAGACUCGGAGACCAGUCCACCAACUCCAGCCUGGUUCCAACGACAGGCAACAAGAGUAUGCCGGGAAUUACAGUGACGCGUGCGCAGUGCAGCGGCGUCCCCCAGCGGGCCGCCAGCAGCCGGCGGCAAGGGCCGCUCAGUGCGCCUGCGCGCGGCAACUAGUGGUGGCGGCUUUCGGCAGGCGGUUGUAGGUUCGCGGAGCAGGCGCAGCCAUGGCGCAGCCGGACAAGCUGCUUAAGGAACAGAAGUACGACCGACAGCUGAGCGCCCCCAGGCCAAGAGAAGUUAUAAAUUGUCCCUAAGGAUCCGAACUUCCACUUGCACCUACAGCCUGGGCGUCUUAGAGGAUUUAGAUGCUUAAUUCUCCAAGUUUCCUUGAGGGAUUCAAGUCCCAGGACCUUCUCACUGAGCUAUAGCCCCAGUCCAUUUUGAUUUUGAGAUUGGGUCUUGCAAAGUCAGUGCAUUACCCAGGCUGGGGUGCAAUUUAUAAUCCCCCUGCCUCACCCUUCCAGAGUGCUGGGAUCAUAGAUUGUGGGGUGAUCACGGACAAGAGGCUUUGGAAUCUGCUCAUGUUUGCCUGAUAAAUGCAACUGCUACAGGCACUGAAAUUCUUAAAAACUUGGUACUACCAGGUAUUGGAUCAUUUACAAUUAUUGAUAGAAAUCAGGUCAGCGGAGAAGAUGCUGGAAAUAAUUUUUUCCUUCAAAGGAGCAGUAUUGGCAAGAGCUGAAGCUGCUGUGGAGUUCUUACAAGAACUAAAUAAUGAUGUCUCUGGAAAUUUUGUGGAAGAGAGUCCAGAAAAUCUUCUAGACAGUGAUCCUUCAUUUUUCUGUAGGUUUACUGUUGUGGUUGCAACUCAGCUUCCUGAAAGUACAUUACUACGUUUAGCAGAUGUCCUCUGGAAUUCCCAAAUCCCUCUUUUGAUCUGUAGGACAUAUGGACUGGUUGGUUAUAUGAGGAUCAUUAUAAAAGAACAUCCAGUAAUAGAAUCUCAUCCAGAUAAUGCAUUAGAGGAUCUACGACUGGAUAAGCCAUUUCCUGAACUGAGAGAACAUUUUCAGUCUUAUGAUUUAGAUCAUAUGGAAAAAAAGGACCAUAGCCAUACGCCGUGGAUUGUGAUUGUAGCUAAAUAUUUAGCACAAUGGUAUAGUGAAACAAAUGGACGAAUUCCCAAAACCUAUAAAGAAAAAGAAGACUUCAGAGAUUUAAUUCGACAAGGAAUUUUGAAGAAUGAAAAUGGAAUGCCAGAAGAUGAAGAGAAUUUUGAAGAAGCUAUUAAAAAUGUGAACACUGCACUAAAUACAACUCAGAUUCCAAGCAAUAUUGAAGAUAUAUUUAAUGAUGAUUGCUGCAUAAAUAUCACAAAACAGACUCCACCAUUUUGGAUUUUAGCUCGUGCCUUAAAGGAAUUUGUAACCAAAGAAGGUCAAGGAAAUUUACCAGUUCGAGGCACAAUUCCUGAUAUGAUUGCAGAUUCAGGCAAAUAUAUAAAAUUACAAAAUGUUUACCGUGAAAAAGCAAAGAAAGAUGCUGCUGCUGUAGGUCAUCACGUUGCCAAAUUGUUACAGUCCAUUGGCCAGGCACCAGAAUCCAUUUCGGAGAAAGAAUUAAAAUUACUCUGCAGCAAUUCUGCAUUUCUUCGAGUGGUGAGAUGUCGUUCCUUAGCUGAAGAAUAUGGUGUGGAUACAAUGAACAAGGAUGAAAUUAUUUCCAGCAUGGACAAUCCAGAUAAUGAGAUAGUAUUAUAUUUAAUGUUACGGGCUGUUGAUAGAUUUUAUAAACAACAUGGUAGAUAUCCAGGAGUAUCUAACUAUCAAGUAGAAGAAGAUAUAGGAAAAUUGAAGUCUUGUCUCACUGGCUUUCUUCAGGAAUAUGGAUUAUCUGUAAUGGUGAAAGAUGAUUAUAUCCAUGAAUUUUGCCGAUAUGGAGCUGCUGAGCCACAUACCAUUGCUGCAUUCUUAGGGGGAGCUGCUGCUCAAGAAGUUAUUAAAAUAGUCACCAAGCAAUUUGUAAUUUUUAAUAAUACAUACAUUUAUAGUGGCAUGUCCCAAACUUCAGCAACUUACCAAUUAUAGAUUAAGCAUCCUGUAUACUGUUAAUGACUGAAAUUGUAAUUGUCUUCAGUAAAAUUACUGUACAGUUUAAUCUGUAAAAUUCUGCUGAAGAACACUGUUAAAUUGUUUCCUCAAUAAACUUUUUUUUUUCUCA